UGGAUUUUCAAUCAGAAAUCCCCCUUAAUUACGGUACCACCACAAUUUCUUAUGAGCUGAGUUCCUCCUUGAGCCAUCAAUCAUGUCCACCUUCACUCACACGACCACUCCCCUCCACGCCCAACUCGCCAAACCCCGCAGCCGCAGCCCGAAAAGAAGCUCAUUCCCAAAAGUUGAAGCCUCAUUUCCGGGUGAAGAAAAUGUGUCGACCCACCGACGACAAUUUGUGACGACUUUGUUUGCCACUACUUCAAUGGCGGCGCUUGGUCUGCUCGGAACCCCGCAAGCACUAGCCCAGAAUUGGGGCACGCGUUCAUUCAUAAGGGAACAUUUUUUUGAGCCGGGCUUGUCACCGGAAGACGCGGUGGCGAGGAUUAGGCAAACUGCUGAGGGGCUGCACAGCAUUAGGGACAUGUUGGAGACCAUGUCUUGGAGAUAUGUCAUCUUUUACAUUCGCCUCAAGCAGGCUUAUCUUUCUCAGGAUCUUAAAAAUGCCAUCACUACGUUGCCCGACGGCCGCCGGGACGAUUAUGUUAAAACUGCUAACGAGUUGGUAGAUAACAUGCUUGAGCUUGACUAUUAUGUUCGGACGCCAAAAGUAUAUGAAUCGUACCUAUACUACGAGAAGACAUUGAAAUCAAUAGAUGAUCUUGUGGCACUAUUUGUUUAGCCUAUAUAUAUAUAUAUAUAGUACUGCAAGGAGUUGCAGAUACAAUUAAGGUGAUGAAAAGAAAAGAUGUUGAAUUUUAGGAGACUUCUGCUAAACUCUUAAUUGGCAGUCUUUGUUGUUUUUUUUUUUCAUGUAAAAUGCAGCUUAAAUGAUGUAAUGUGAAGAGAAAUGUUGAAAGAUUUGGAAAAGAA